CUUACACCAGCUGUGCUAGUGAGGCUGUAGAGUAAAGUUGUGUUGUUGUAGCUACGAUUCUGUUUAUCUGUCACAGUAUUAUCGAUUCUAACAUGGCUUCGUCAAGCAAAAUACACAUUACGCUAGCACUGACCGGUAGGGUUGGUAAUGGCAAAAGUGCUUGUGGGAAUUCUAUUUUAGGAAAGCGGGUUUUCCCAACAAGUGACGAUGUUGAAUCGUGUACCCACAAGAACAGAGUUGGAAGUGCCGAACGUAUGAAUACUGACAUUAAAGUGAUGGAUACUCCUGGUGUUAUGGAUUGUGAUGACUAUCGGAAUCUUGAAAACAUUACUUUUCAUUUGCCUGAUGUGAUAAGUAUAUGCCAGGAAGGGAUAAAUGCCUUUUGUUUGGUUUUAAAAUACGGCGCUAUAAAUAUGCAACAAGAAAUACAAGCUGUAAAACAAAUUAAAGAAGUUUAUGGUAAGACCGUACUGAAUGAUUACGGUAUUAUUAUAAUGACCAACGGGGAUAGUUUUGAUCAAAAUUACGAUGGCAAAGAAGAUAAUUCAUUUUUAAAUUGGUGUAAGAAACAAACGGGAGAUUUAGAAAUAUUAAUGAAGGAGUGUAAUUUUAGAGUGGUGCUUUUCUACAACACGGGAGGACAAUACGAAACCAAAAGGGAAAGCUCAGUGGAUCAGUUGCUGGGGUAUGCCAUUAGAUUACAUAGAAUCGGACCUUACACUAAAACGUCAUUUGAAAAUAAUUUUAAAGAGCGUGAAAAAGAAAUUUUAGAACACAAAUUAUAUGAUUUAAUUUUACCUUUUAGCAAACACAUGGGCAUAAUGAUGAAUGAUAUCUUUCGGAUAAUAAAACAGGGAUUUGCAAAUGAGAAUGAUGUGCACUGCUUAAAAAAGUCAAAUGAAGAGCUUUUGAAAAAGAUAUUCCACAAAGUUGAAGAUACGAAGAUACAAGCUAAGUUGUUCGAAAAAGUUCAGCUCAUUCAAAGAAAGCUGGUAAUAUUAGACCUCAACAAACCAAUAGCCGGGCAGUUGGAUCAGGUUUUGAAGAUAUUAGAGGAAUUAAAAAAUCCUCCAAUGUCUACUCAACUAAAAGUGUGUUUAGGAACAGCUGCAGCCGCUCUUUUAUUAGCUGUGAUUUUAUGCCGGGAAAAGUAAUAGAACAUUUUUUUCCUAUCUGGCUACGUUAGAGAUGGUUACUAUUGAGAUAGGUAAAUAAAAUCUAAGGGCAUUAUACAUGUUUUUUGGUGGACUUAAUGUUUAGUAGCAUUAUAGUCACAUUGCUUCAGACAAUCCUAUUAUCAAACGGAAAAGUGAAGGGGAAAACGUGUUCUGGUAACCUGAUUCUUAUUAUGAUUUUCUUGUGAAAUAUUUUUUAAAUAUUAUAAUUAGUAUAAAGAACAAUCACAAUAAACUUUCAAUUUCCACCAUAAAAAUGAAACCGAUUGAAAUAAACUUUUUUUUUAAAUUAAAUUUAACUUGUUGUGUGUUUAUUGGUUGGAAAAUAACUAUCAACAAAGAAAGUUAUAUGAGAUCAUUACAUUCAAUUUUUUCUCAAGUGUUUCAAAAUCUAUUUGAACAUUAUUUCUAUGAAAAAGGUGUUUUACUUUUAUAUUGCAAAACAUACAAGAUUACAUCCAACCUAAAUAAUGUUAAAAUAUCACACCAACCCAUCUUUUAAAUUACGAGAAAACAAGCACACUGAAUUAUAUAACAAACUACACGGAUAUAUCGCAAACGUAGAUUACUAAUUGCUCACAUGUUAUUUAAACAAUGCGUAAUGUGUUUUAUUACCUCCUUAUUGCUAUUCACAACAUUUUUAUUGGUUUAAAGUGAUUACUUUUCCCACUCACA